AAAAACCGCAGGCCACACAACGGACAUUCUUGUUUGACUAGUGGGCAGGGACUUUUACAUCAGACCGAGGUGUAUGAUCACAUCACAGCAAAUCAAGCACUGACACAGGAAAGAUGAGCGGAUCUUCCAGUAAAACGCUGUUCCUGGUAAACUCAGCUAUCCUUGGCCUUAUCUGCUGCGUUAUUUCUUUAUUUGUAUAUUUUGAGGCUCAAUCUCUCGCGUGUCAGACUAUGUCUACAGUAGAUAAUCAAAAAACUUAUGAAGCCACAGGGGCAACUGAAAAGCCCAUCGUUCUGCUGUGGUUCUGGCCUAUUGGUGUGAGGUUUGAUCUCCAAAUCUGCUCAAGCCACUUCCACAUUGAUAACUGCAUUCUGACUGAUAACAGGUCAUUGUACAGCCAAGCAGAGGGAGUCAUCUUCUAUCAGAGAAACAUACACUGGUAUUUCGAAAACAUGCCCAAGGAGCCACGUCCACAUUUUCAGAAGUGGAUUUGGUUCAAUGUGGAAUCUCCCACGAACACAGCGAAAAUACCAGGUCUGGAAAAUAUGUUCAACUUAACACUUAGCUACAGACGAGAUGCUGACAUCACAGUGAGGAAUGAGGUCACAAUCAAGGAAACAGAGACCAAGGAGGAAGUAGUGCUGCCCCUGAAGGACAAACUGGUUUGUUGGGUUGUCAGUAACUACAACCCAGCUACUGGAACAUCUGCGAGAGAGAAUUAUUACAAAGAACUGUCCCAACACAUAAAGGUUGAUGUCUAUGGUGCUGCUUUUAAUGGACACCAGUUGAAACCUGAAGACUAUUACCCAACCCUUGCGAGUUGUAAGUUCUAUCUCUCAUUUGAGAACUCGCUUCAUGUGGACUACAUGACGGAGAAGGUCAACGGACCCCUGGCAGCAGGGACCAUCCCUAUAGUUCUGGGUCCACCAAGGGAAAACUACGAGCAGUUCCUUCCCAAUGGGUCCUUCAUUCACGUAAAUGAUUUCCCUGACGCCAAAGGUAUGGCAGAGUAUCUGCAACACCUGGACAAGGACCAUGAAGCAUACAUGAGUUACUUUGGGUGGAGAAAGUAUUAUGAGGUCACUCCUCAUCUUUUGACAACGAGCAAUGAAUUCAUUCAUCCCGUCUGCCUCGCCUGUGACCACAUCUCAAAGUACAAAGAAUACCAUGUCGUCAAUGAUCUUUAUGAGUGGUACUUUUCAUGAAAACUACAGUGAGAACAUCAUUAGACAGACUAUAAACUAGAACAUAUACUUUGAAUUUGUGUGAUUGCUUUGACAUUUUACAGAGUACUGAUUUAAUUAAUCAAUAUAAUUCACAUGGUAACCGUUGAUGUUAUUAUAUAAUUGGGGUGAUGAAAAUAGUGUUGCAAAUGUUCUCUGGUUUAAGUCACCUUAAUUUGGUUUGAAUACAUAAAUAUUCCAAUCUAAAAAUAGGAUUCAUACAUUUUUAAGGGGUCAUUUGGAUAAUUAUGUCAUGUUUAUUUUUGCUUUUGUUAUCUUAUUUGAUCAUUUUUGAGACAACUUAACUUCCAGUUUCUAUCCUGACUUCCUUAGGUUUUCUUUUGAUUGGGGUUGUGCUAAUGAGUAUGCAACUUGCCUUUAAUUUUACAAUGUGUUAUUGCGGAAUAAUGUUGUCAGCUACUGUAAUUAUAUUUCGCCCAUGAUACAUUGCGAUAUACAGAUAAACUUUGUAAAAUGACAGAACAAGAAGUUACUGUAUAAUUUUAUUGUAGAAACUACAGCGAUUUGUUGCAGUGUAGGUGGGGCAUCAGUUGCAUGGAUCCAGCUGAAUAUCUGCACACUGCACAACUCUAAGGGACAAGCCUGUGCUUUACACCUGCUUUACACUGUUUUGAUUCAAAAUUAACUCGCCAACACCAUUUGGUGGGGACACAUUUGUAAAGCAGAAAUUAUGCCAUUGGAUCUAAAUAAACAUUUUAUGACCAUC